AUGGAGGAAGAACUGGUGGAUCGUUGUGCAAACAUACGACUCACAGAGGAUGAGUGCACUGCUAUUAAUCUAGAGGAUGUAAUUGACGAAACCCUAGAACAUAAGGCUAAUCUUAGCCUUGUCGGAAAACUUCUGACAAAGAAACCAUAUAAUCUGAGUCAUAUGCGCAACGCGCUUACGAGUGCUUGGAGACUUGCUAAGGGGUUUGAGAUGAGGGAUAUCGGUGAUAAUCUGUUUGUCUGUGAAUUCCGCACAAAAGCUGAUAAAAAUAGGGUUCUGAGUGAUGCCCCAUGGCACUUUGAUAAACAGUUGAUUAUCUUCGAACCAAUGAGUGGAAAUAUGCAACCAAAUAAUAUGGGACUACAAUGCUCUCCUUUCUGGCUUCGCAUAUAUGAUCUCCCACUUAACUGUCGAGGGAAAGCGGCUAUUAGUAGGAUUGGAGGGAAGGUUGGUAGAGUGGUUGAAUGGUGCGAUGAAGGAGAAGGGAGCUGGAAUAGAUAUAGCAGAGUUCGAGUAAUGAUAGAUGUCACAAAACCAUUAAUUCGGGGGACGAAAAUCAUAAAUCCAAUCGGAGAGAGCUGCUGGAUCUCUUUCAAGUAUGAACGAGUUCAAAACUUUUGUUAUUGGUGCGGUCUUCUUGAUCACACAGUGGUUGAUUGUGAGCUUAAGCCGGACGAAACUGAUGUUACUGAAUGGCCGUAUGGAGCUGGUCUUAGAGCUACACCACGAAAACGGGUUCUUAUGGGAAAUAUACGCUCAGCUCCAACGGGAGUUAGAAGUCGGAAGGAGGUGGAUGAGACUAACAUGCAUAAUGUGGAACCAGAGGUAGCGUCCACUGCGAGAAGGGUCCUGAAUUUGGAGGAAAAUUGCAAUGGGGUAAUAGCUGAUUUAAAUGGCCCCAACCAGACGAAUAAGGGGAAGAACGCGAUGGAAACUCAGGUGGGAUGUAAGGAAACAACAAUUUCAACUAAUGUAGUAACAAAUGAGUUUGUGGAGGUUAAUGUAUCUCAGGUGCAACAUCUACACCAGAUUCCAGCGCUAAAUGCAAAUUACAAAUCUGAUGACCCCAAGGAAGGAAAAAAAGGGAAGGGUAAUAAAAAGAGCACAUGGUCACGAUUUUCAGGGCAGAGAAACGAAGGGUGUGAGAUUGGAGAGGGUUCGAAGUCAACCGGAGUCUCGAAAAGAUCACUCGUUGAGGCAGAGAUAGCUUGUGAUCCAAAUAAUCUUUUCUCAAAGAAAGCUAGAGAUGGAUUGUUGGAUAAGUUUGACAAUAUUGAGAUAUCGGCGGAGGCUGUUAAGCAGUCUCGCCGGAAGCAAUGA